AUGUACUUCUUCCUCUGCAACCUGACCUUGGUUGACAUGGGGUUUAUCUCCACCACAGUUCCCAGGAUAAUGGUGGACAUUGUCAUCCACUUCACAGUCAUCUCCUAUGCCAGUUUCCUGAAUCAGAUGUCUCUCUUUCUCAUCUUUGGAUGCAUGGAUGAUUUGCUCUUGAGAGUGAUAGCCAAUGAUCGGUUUGUCGCCAUCUGUCACCCCCUUCAUUACAAGGUUAUCAUGAACUCCCAUCACUGUGGCUUCUUAGUUUUAGCAUUCUUUGUAAUUAGCCUUUUGUACUCCUUCACGCAGACUUUGAUGGUCUUCAGAAUUACCUGCUUCAAGAGCAUGAACAUUUAUAAUUUCUUCUGUGACCCUUCUCAACUUCUCAACCUUACUUGCUCUGACACAUUCACCCACGACAUGGUCGUUUAUCUUAUUGGCAGCAUGUUUGGUGUUUUUCCUAUGUCAGGGAUCCUUUACUCUUACUAUAAAGUUGUCUCCUCCAUUCUGAGGUUCCCAUCUCCAGGUGGCAGGUACAAAGCCUUCUCAACCUGUGGCUCUCACCUGAAAGUGGUUUGCUUACUCUAUGGAACAGCUCUUGGAGUGUAUCUCAAUUCUGUUGUAAUCUAA